AUGGGACGAGAAGAUCAGGUUGAAGAGCGCGAAGUGCUCGAGUCCAUCUUCCCAGAUGAGAUUACAGAUAUCUCUGAUACAGAGUUUAGAGUAUCAGUCGCGCUAGACAUCCCCGGCGAAGAAGAAGAGGAACCUCCAACCAUGCUUCUCCAAGUGAGAUAUCCAGAAGAUUACCCCGAAAAGCCGCCCCAUCUAGACAUUCUCGCUCCUCCCAAUGCCGCACCUCACGACCACUUCAAUGUCGCCGACGAUCGCGACCAGCUGCUCGCCAGUCUUGACGAGACCAUCCAAGAAAACCUCGGUAUGGCAAUGGUUUUUGCGAUAGUCUCUACGCUGAAGGACAAUGCCGAGCAACUUGUCCAGGACCGCAAGGACGUUAUCACAAGGGCCCAAGAGGAGGUCGCCCGUGCCGCUGAGGCGGAAGAGAACAAAAAGUUCCACGGCACAGCUGUCACUCCUGAGUCGUUUAUCAAGUGGCGCGAGGGUUUCCUGAAGGAGAUGGAGGAGAAGAGGCAGCAGGAGGAGGACGAUCGUCUUGCUGAGUUGAAAAAGGCAAAAGUCAAGGAGCCUGCUCGUAUGUCGGGUAGACAGCUUUGGGAGAAGGGUCUUGUUGGCAAGGUUGAGGAGGAGGAUGACGAUAUGCUCGUGGAAGGUAUCGAGAAGCUCAAGGUCGAGGCUGCUUAG